AUGGAUAGCAAUUAAGAUAAAAAACCUUAAAAGAAAUCUGGAGAUUCUUUCAGAGAUCGCUUUUAAAAUGGCUACAGAGCUUUGAAGUUAAAGUACCAAGGUACCAAAGCAUACAAAAAUAUUGAUUCUCUCUUGAAAUACUAACAAAUUUACUACGAAUUAAUGAACCAUGAAUUACCAAUCUUGUCAGGAGGAUAAAGGAAAAAGAAAGCAAGAAAUACAUAAAUGAUAAGAGGUGGUAUAAUGCUGAGUGGAUUUGCAUUCUUUUUCUUGUAUACUCGCAUGGUUGCAAGUAAUUCAUUGGUUUUCUUUAACAAGACUCAUUUCUAUCAAAGUACGUUGGAGGAAUGUAGCAAAGAAAUGACUUUAGCUGGAUUAAGAUAUUACUUCCCUGAUCAUCCUUAAAUUGAGAUGCUGAAAGAUCUGUGUGGAAGAUAUAAAGAUAUCAGUGAAAAAUAAGUAGCAUAAAUCGAAGAUGCAAAAGAAAGAGCAGCUGAGAAAAAAUUCUAUGAGAGAUAACUAGAUCAAUAGUUCGCUGAUAGACUUAAAGAGCUAGAUAUAGUUGAUGAAACUCCUGAUUCUAAAGGGGAUAGUAAGAAAACGAUUAACGACAAAAAGAAAUCAAAAUGA